CAUAUUCCCUCUCUCAUACAUACACAUUACAUUUUGAAUGCUCACACACACACACACACUGGACUUUGGACAGCUGAGGCAGGACCGCAGGAAGAGAGAGGCACACACAACGCUGGCACGAUGGGCAGUAAGUACCACUGGCAGAGUCAGAAUGUCAAGCAGAGCGGUGUGGACGACAUGGUGCUGCUGUCCAAGAUCAGCGAAGACGCCAUUGUGGAAAAUUUGAAGAAGAGAUUCAUGGAUGACUUCAUCUUUACUUAUAUUGGCUCUGUGUUGAUAUCAGUGAACCCAUUCAAACAGAUGCCCCAUGGGCCCGCGUUGCCGGGCGUUGUACCAGUACGCUGGCCAGGACACCGAUGAGCUCAGCUUCGACGCCAAUGAUGUCAUCGACCUGCUCAAUGAAGAUGCAUCAGGCUGGUGGAGGGGCAGGUUUCGUGGCAAGGAGGGACUCUUCCCUGGGAACUAUGUGGAGAAAAUCUGAUGACUGCCUGCCCUGUGGCCGAAAAGCUGAAUGACAUAACGAUCCACUGUAAAGCAAUGGUGAAUUGCAUGUGAGCCAAACGGUAAUAUCUGAUUCACAAGCGUUUCAACAGGAUCGUCAUGUUGACACCAGUUCUUUGUAUUAUUUGCACAACAAUAUCAGUACAAAGAAAGAAACAUGUUGAAAAGCUAUCCGAAACAGAAGACUGUGCCUUUUUUAUUUUUCAUUUGUGUUAUAUUGUCAGCCAUAACUGAUUUAACUGGGCCUUAUUCCAGUUUCACAGAAGAGGACUUUGAUGCAAAGCUUUGAGGUGCUAACGCAAAAGAAGAUGCAAUGAUUUUAUGCACAUACAAAAUUGCUUUGUGAUAUCAAAUGUAGGGCCAUCAAGGGUAGAUGAAAAAUCAUCCCAAAAGUCCAUAUUUCUAUUCAAAUACUACCUGUAAGCAACCAGUAGGAGGUACUGUUGCACCAUUUCCAUGUCUUCAAUUCUUGUAAAUGCUCUGAAAAUGAAAGGUUGACUGAUGUAUGAUAAUAAACAUGGUUCUUUGGUGUUAUAAGCUUCUUUCUGCUAUAUUGGAUUCAUUACAAAACUAGUUUAUGGACUUCUUUUAUAACUGUUGUAAAAUAACUUCCCCUUGAAAUUAACAGAGAAUUUCUAUUUUGUGUCCAGUGACAGUGGUCACAAUAAAUAAAUAUUUUCUAUAAACCC